GUACCUGGAAAGAUUCAGCACAUUCUCUGUACUGGAAAACUUUGCACCAAAGAGAGGUGUGACUGUCUCAAGACUCUGACCAGUGAUGUUCAUAUAGUAACAGGAGUCUUUCAUGAGAAUCUGAAUUAUACAGAACAAAAAGUUGUGACUGCUGGGCAAUUCAAAUUUGGUUUGAUCCAUAGGCAACAAGUUAUUGUAGGAGACAUGACCAGCUUAGCCCUGUUAAGGCAGUUUGAUGAGGACAUUCUUAACUCAAGAUACACAUACAAAUUUGAAGCAUUUGAGCAUGAAAAAAAUUUUUACAUUAACCCAGGUUCCGGCACUGAAGCAUUUAAUUUCUUAGCAACAAACAUUACUCCUUCAUUUGUAUCAAUGGAUAUUCAAUGGAUUCAAUGGAUUGUCCUUUACAUGUAUCAGCUAAUUGGAGAUGAUGUAAAAGUAAAAGGAAUUGAAUACAAAAACAUCUUAAAGGCAGGCCUGUCCUGCUGGGUUUUUUUUUUUAUUCCCCUGUUCAAAUCAAGUAAUUAA